AUGCCUCUUGGAUAUGGUCUAAAUGUGAAGGGCGCGAAGGCAGCUCCCGUGCGGAAGACAGUGUUUGAUGACGACGGUGACGAGGACGACGAGCAGGAGCAAGUGCCUCCUCCCCCAACCCUGAAAGGUCGCCGAACUGGAGCACUACUACCCAGACGGAAAGAGGCUGAGCAGGAUGAUGGAGUGGAUCUGUCGUCGAUGAACGCAGCGACGGCAAAAGUGAAGGCAGCUGAAGAAUUGGACGCCUCCAUCUUCGAUUACGAUUCCUUCCACGAUGCCAAGACAACUGUCUCCGAUGCGAAAAAAGCUGCUGCCCGGCAGGAUGCUGUCGAGAGGAAGCCGAAAUACAUAAACGAUCUCCUGGACGCCGCUGCAAGACGGAAGCAGGAUCAGACGAUCGCUAAGGAGAAGCUGCUACAGAAGGAACGGGAAGCAGAGGGCGCUGAGUUCGCAGAUAAGGAGAAGUUCGUGACUGGAGCCUACAAGGAGCAGCAAGAGGAGACCAGGCGUCUGGAGGAAGAAGAGAAGCAGAAGACAGAGGCAGAGGCCAAGCGAAAACGUGCUCUGGGUGGUGGAGGCAUGCAGGGCUUUUACAAGAAUAUGAUGGAUCUUACGGAGCAACAGCAUCAGGAAUCCAUAGAUGCUGCUGCGAAGGCUGCUAAAAUCUCACCAACUGGAGAGAACACGCAAUCAAGCGGUACGACAGGUGAGAACGCCGCAGAUCUACGAGCCAAAGGCAUCCACCUCAACGAAGACGGCCAAAUCAUCGACAAACGAGAACUCCUCACAGCAGGUCUAAAUGUGUCCGCCAAGCCCGGCGAUAGCAACGCAAGUAAUGCAGAUCACUUGCGAGUGUCGGGAAACAAGCAGACACAACCAGCUUUCCAGCGCAACAAUGCUGCACGAGAUGCACAGAGAGAGCGGCAGAGUCGCAUGAUGGAGGAGCAGCUUGCGGAGAAGACCAAGAGAGCACGAGAGGAGGAGGAAGAGGAGAGGGUGAGGCUGGAGAAUGCUGCGAAGACCCAGAAGACUGAUACGGAUAAAAUGGAUGCGAAGGCGAGGUAUCUGGCGAGAAAGGCUGCCAAGGAACGUGGUGAGGGGUGA